AAGAUACACUAACUUGGAAGGUUCAGGUGUAACUUAACAACCACUAGCUCCGCCAGCACAAGCGAGGCGCGGGGGCGCGAUGGGCAACUGCCAGGCGGCCGAGGCGGCGGAGGUCAUCAUCCAGCACCCCGGCGGCAAGGUGGAGCGCCUCUACUGGCCCACCCCGGCCGCCGAGGUCAUGAAGACCAACCCCGGCCACUACGUCGCGCUCGUCAUCCUCCGCCUCUCCCCCGAAGACAAGGCGGCAGCGGGGGACGAGGCCGCGGCGGCGGCCGCCGUCGCAGGCGCGGGCGCCGCCGCCAAGAUCACCCGGGUCAAGCUCCUCAAGCCCAAGGACGUGCUCCACCUCGGCCAGGUCUACCGCCUCAUCACCGCGCAAGAGGUGACCAAGGCGCUGCGGGCGAGGAAGAACGACAAGAUGCGGCGGUGCGAGGCCAUCAAGCAGCAGCACGACCAGCUCCGGCGCGGCGACGGGGCGGAGCAGGGCGCCUCUGACAAGGACGCGAACGCGAACGCGAAGCAGCGGGGCGAGAAGGACCGGCACCGGGGCUCCGGCGGCGCGCAGCCGGCCGGUGGCGGCAGAGGCCGGCACUGGCGGCUGUCCCUGCAGAGCAUCUCCGAAGCCGCGGCCGGGCAGAGCAGCAGCGCCAGCAGCAGCAUCUCCGAAUCCACUGCGAGCUAAUCGCCGGAUUAACAACCCUCAGUGCGAGAAUUAUAAGUCCGUCUACUAUCCAGACACCGAUACACUGCAGGCAACACUUGGUUCAUCACCCUCCAAGGUGUGGCGUGCUUUGAUUGAAGGCAGAGACAUACUUAAAUUGGGUCUUAUUCGGAGAAUAGGUAAUGGGCAGUCGACUAAUGUAUGGCAGGAUAACUGGAUACCAAGAUCAGAGCGUUUAUCUCCGGUGGUGGCCAUUUCAGAUGUGCCACCCCAGUUAGUACUAUAUCUGAAUUGAUCAAUGCAACAGCAGGUUGGUGGGACAGGGCUGAGCUUAGCAGGCAUUUCUUGCCCAUGGACGUCGAGGCUAUUUCAAGGAUUCCCAUCAGCACGGUCCAGCAGGAGGAUUUUUGGGCAUGGCACACAAGCGUCUUCUCGGUAAGACCUUGUUAUCGCAUGCUGAUCACAACUAAGAAAGUACGGGAAGACUGGUUGGAGGGUAGACCAAGUUCAAGCUCAACCCAGUCAGGAGAAGGCCUAGACAACGCUAUGAAAGAUUAAAGUCCCAUCCAAAGUCUGGGUUUUUGUUGGCGCUUGGCUCAGCGAUCUAUACCUUCUGGUGCCGAGCUACAGCACACCGAGACGUGAGCUAUGCAGGGCCGAAAAUGAUACAUGGCGCCAUUCCCUCCUUGAUUGCACCAUGGGAGGUGCGUAUGGGCGCUCGUUGACGAAUCACUUAGAGAAAAUAUGAUCUUGUCGAAUAGUCCGGAUGCCAAGGAGUGGCUGUUCCACUUCCACAUGCUAGAAUAUGUGCCACAUGCAGACUUUACAAAGUAGAUUAUCACAUUGUAGGCGAUCUGGGUGAUGGAAUUUCGCCCACAUGAUCGAUCCUGAGGGAGGAGUUCCAACAAUUGGUAUAAGAGCUAGGUCGAUUUGAAGCCGCGUUUGCCCCGGGGUGGCGACCUGACUAGCACCUCGGGGCGGACAAUGUUGUCGCUGGGUGCUCCAGCGACGAGGAGGAUCGGGAAAAUGUCGUUCGGCGGAGCGACAUGGAAGCAGACGGCGGGAUGUCAUCGGCAAGGUGGUGGAAGGUGAUCGUUGAUGGAUGCAGUGGUGCCGAGGUGCGGUGCUGGAGCUCAUCAAGAUCGUCGUCUGAGGGAGUAGAUGGGUCAAGAAGUCGUGCUAACUCGCACGUGUCGGUCGCCGUCGUCUGUGAGUCGUCGUCGUGUCCAAGUGCUCGUCUCGAUGAGGAGGCGUUGAAGAUGAAGUGCCCCGACGAGAGGAUCAAGUUCAACCAUGUGGGGGCGGUAAACCAGUGAAGGUGAGUCUCUUCCAUGAGGCCAUGUCUCUACAUGAGGCUGGAGUGCGUGGUGUAGUGCACGGAGUGGUGUGAUCCACAGGAAGUCGCCAUGUAUCUUGCUAGGGUGGAUGGUGAAAUCCACCGGGUGGGGUAUUCCACAAGUUACUAGCGAGGCUCGGUAGUCCAAGCCAUAUUUGAGAUGAUCCGUAAAUUCGCCAAGUUAAAAUUGGGGAGAGAAUGUUGGCAACAAUCUAGCCAGCAAUUUAACUUGUUGUGGUGCGAGCACAUAAGUCGACAAACGGCGGAUCAUCAGCAAGUCAAGACGAGAGAAGCACAGAAGACAAGAGCCAAGAUUACAGAGAGAUUGUUAGGUAUAAUCUUGAGUUAGUAGUAUUUCGUGUCUAAGUUGUACUCUGAUCAUUGUGUCCGUAUUAGUUUGACCAGGUAGUCGUUUAGGAUUUGUAGAGUCCGGUUACAACUCUUGAGUCAUUGUACGAAUAGAUUUAGCUUAGCUGGGUCGGCUGCAUUGGUUGUGUAUAUAUAAGCACAUCCAAGCCGUGAGUUUUGUAACACCGUGUAGAGAAAACCAGAAAAUAAAAAGAGGAAAUUAAGGCUA